AUGAGUUCUUCUCAGAGUCAGUCAACGUUGGAGUCCAAACUGGAGGCUCUGCAGUGCCACUUCAACUGGAAUCUGGACUGUAGCAGGUCCACACUUUUCCGUCUCAAGUACAAUUUGGAGGACAUUGGCACCGAAGAGGGGUACAGCUGGUUGGGUCACAUUUAUAACUUGCAGGGGUUCAUUCACUACCAGCUGGGCUUCAGUGAAGAUGCCCUGCGUUUUUUCAGCAGAGCCACAGAAGCCUUCCGUCAGAUGAGAAACACAGUAUCAGAUGAGGGUCCCUGGCUGGUAGUGAACUAUGGGAACCUGGCUUGGCUACACAACCAACAGGGAGAACAAGUACAAAGUCAGAAUUACCUGUCAAAAAUUAAUGCACUGAUGAAUGAAUACCCAUCUCCAUCCCAGGAUGAACUCCAUCCAGAGAUCUAUGCAGAAAAAGCCUGGACCCUGAUGAAGUUCAACAAAGAAAAAAAGCUGCUGGCUAUAGAUUACUUCCAGAGAGCCAUCAGGAUGCAGCCUGACAUGGUGGCAUGGCGGACCAGCUAUGUGUUAGCAUUAGUGAAGGCUCAUAACAAUAGCGACCAUGCCAUCGUGGAAAAAAUGAGAAUCGCCAAAGAACACGAUCCAGAGAACUUGUACCUUGCUGCUCUUUACCUUGAUGCAUGUCCUCAAAAAGGAACAAAAAUGAAAGAUGAAGUAUGCACAUUGGCCAGAAGAGUUUUAAAAAAGCCAGUUAGCAGCUACAGUGGUAUCAAUCCGGUACUUAUGCUUUACAGUAAAUAUUUAUCUGUACAUGAAGCUAUUGAUUUGAUAGAAGAAGCUCUGGAAAGACAUCCAGAUGAACGUUACCUGAAGUGGUGUGCUGCGAACUGCUACAGAAGUAGGAUCUUUUCCAGGCAGACAAGGACCAAUCUGCUCGAGCGCAGCAUGAUUGACAAAGCCAUCAGUCUCUGUAAGGAGGUGAUUUCGCUUUACCCUCAUUCUUCACUUAACAUGAAAAUAACUCUUGCAGACAUGUAUGUAAAGGUAAAUAAGCAAGACAAAGCUGACCAGAUAUACAAUGAACUGCUAGAAAGUGACCUGGAAUAUAAGGAGCAACAAAUGCUUUACAACAAAUAUGCAAAACAUUUAUAUUUUAAUGGAAAGUUGAUUGAUAGACAAAAUUCAAUAGAAUAUCACAAGAAGGCAGCAGUGAUACCACACCAAUCCUUCCAUCGUGAAAACAGCAUUACAAUGCUGGAGAAAUACACUAAAAAAUAUGGUAGCAGAGAAAUAGAGGAAUUUCUAAUCAAGCUGCAACAGUAAGAGCUCACACUAAGGUUACGAAGAAGAAAGAGAAUAAAGAUAAAGAACAUUUACUAUGCUGGCAGUCUAAAUGUUUGCAACAAAACUAAUAAUAAAUUAUUAUUGAUUCAGAUAUUGUUAUAACAGUAACAAGAACAUACAUGACCUGAAAAAGAACUUUAUUGAUUGUAAUAUUGUUCCAUUAAUGUUGCUGACUC